AUGAAACCCAUCCAGCGGAAGGUUCUGCCAUUGGCCCUGGCGGGGCACGACGUGGUGGCCACGGCGCCCACCGGCUCCGGGAAGACUUUAGCUUUCUUGGUGCCGGCCAUGGUGCAUGCGACCAACCAGUCGAGCCCACGUUCCGUCUCGGAGGGUCCCAUCGCCUUGAUUUUGGCGCCCACACGUGAGCUGGUGAUGCAAAUCAAAACCGUGGCGGAGAAGCUCACGGCGCGCGCGCGGCGCAGCUGUACCGUUGCCGCUGUCUAUGGGGGUCAGCGGAGGAUGGAUCAGCUGCAGAUCUUGAAGCGGCAGGGGGUCAUACAUUUGCUGGUUGGAACCGUCGGGAGAUUGCUCGAUUUCAUGCAUCCCAGGCCCGGCGAUCAGAAGGCCUUCAAGCUGACAAGGUGCAGCUUCCUGGUCUUGGAUGAAGGUGACAAGAUGUUGGACGACGGCUUUGAAGAGGAGGUGGCCCUUAUUGGGGCAGAGGCGCGGCGCGACAAGCAAGUGCUCUUCUUCUCGGCCACCUGGCCUCCCUCGGUCGAGCGCUCGGCGCGCGCCCUGUGUCGCGCCGCGCCACGACGCGUGGCUCUGGAGCCUGAAGAGUUCGAAGACCGAGGAGAUCAGAGCCGGGCCCUGCCGCCCAGCGCCAUCCGGCAGAUCGUCGAGGUGCCAGAGAAUGGUGAGCAUGACAGCAAGCUGCCAAUCCUUUUGCGCUACCUUGAGGACUCAAAGCUCGCGACUCCCAUGCAGCAGGGUGGAGGCAAGGUGCUGAUCUUCGUGCGGACCAUCACCGCAGCGGAGGAUUUGGCCACACUGCUGCAACAGAAGUUUGGUUCCAAGUGUGAUGCCAUGCAUGGGAAGCGUAAGCAGGAGCAGCGGGAGCAGUCCCUCAAUCAGUUCCGCAUGGGCCACACCCGGGCCCUGAUCGCCACUGACGUCUUGGGCCGUGGCGUGGACAUCCCGGACGUGACCAUGGUCUUCAUCUACGACUUCCCCGACGACAUUGAGACCUACAUCCACCGAGUUGGACGGACGGGGCGUAAUGGCCGCCAGGGCAAGGCAGUCUCCCUCUUCCAUCGGCAGUAUUGGAAUGCCUACUUGGCAAAAGAAUUGCAGGACGUCCUUCAGCGAUGUGAGCAGGAGGUGCCUGUGGCAUUAGAAGAAGCCGCCAGCGCCGAGAGCAGUUGGCAGGAUUGGAACUCCUCGCGGCAAUGGUGGCGUUAA